UCUUAUUAAUUUUUAAAUUACCAGAUUUAUAAUUUAGUUAAUCAUAAUUAUUGCAAUAAUGGAUUUUAAAGAUAAAAUUGCUCAGUUAUGUUUAGAAAAAUACUCUUAUUUAAAGAAAACUGGUAAACCAACAGAAAAAGAAUGGACAAUUUUAUCUGGUGUGGUAUUAGAAGAUAAUUUGAAUAAUUUUAAAGUUGUUAGCUUAUGUACAGGAACAAAGUGCCUUAGUGGUAAAGAAUUGAAAAACACAGAGUAUUGCAAUCUUGGUAAUAAAUUAAAUGACUCACAUGCAGAAAUUCUUACCAGACGAGCUUUUAUACGUUAUUUAUAUCAUCAAAUUUUAAUAGCUAUAAAUGAAGACAAAAGUGAAAUAUUUUAUUUAAAAGAACGUAAAAUUGAAAUGAAAGAUGUAAACUUUCACUUUUUCUCUAGUCAAACACCAUGUGGUGACUGCUCUAUUAUUCCAAAAUCUAAAAUAGAUGUUUCUCAAAGUCCUCCAAAAAAGAUGAGAAAAAGUGAUGAAGGUUCAUUUGAACAGGAAUAUGGUCAGGAAGUUGAAGACAUCCAUAGAACUGGAGCUAAAUGUAUUGAAAAUGGAAAACAAGAUAAACAUGGACAAGGUGUUGAUUUCCAUACGCUAGGUCCCCUUAGAACCAAACCAGGAAGAGGUGAUCGAACAUUGAGUUUAUCUUGCUCUGAUAAAAUGUCUAAGUGGAAUAUUAUGGGAGUUCAGGGGGCUCUUUUAACAUUGCUAAUCAAACCUAUUCAUUUCAAAAGUAUCAUUAUUGGUGGUGGUUGUCCUUAUUCUCUUGAUUCAAUGGAACGAGGGCUGUUCAAAAGAUUUGAUCCCAAUACAAAAGCUCCAGUUAUCAACCAGUCAUUAAUGGCUUUUGAACACAGUAAAGAUGGAAUUAGAUUGAGACCAUGUCCUUCCAGUAUCGUAUGGUGCGAUGUUUCAGAAAAGUCCCUAGAAAUAUCUGUCAAUGGUCUGAAACAAGGAGCAACAAAAAACAAGAAAAAUACAAAUCUUCUCAGGAUUAGUCGAAAAGAAUUAUUUAAAACAUUUCUAGCGGUUUAUGAUCAAUAUUCAAAUUCAACAAAAAUCGCUCAACAUCCGAAAAAAAUGACGUAUUACCAAUGUAAGCAAUACUGUGUGAGUUAUCAAAAUAAGUGGAAAAGCAAAGAACAUAUUUUUCGUCUUUGGCCUGCAAAACCAUUACAUCUAAAAGAAUGUUUAUCUUUUUGAUAUCAAAAUGUACAUAAACAUGCAAUAUUUUUUAUCUUCAUAAUAAAAAUGAUGAAUAAAUGAAAA